AAUUAAUUUAAGGAGGUAGUAAAGCCUACCUACAUUGCAGCCAGUGCAGUGCCUGUGCUCGGGCGCUCGACCAACAUGGGGCCGGUUAUUUGGCUCGUUACAUUUACUAUUAUCCAGGGUGUCUCGGCUCGAUCGCGUCGUAGUGGCCGCUUCAACAAUGGGUCGGCGCACGAGUUCACUACCCCCGCAGAUGAGAUUGGGCCGAUGGUACACGACGAAGGCUUCCAAACAACAACUGUGAUAUCCGGUCUAAUGCCGGACUCUUUCGGGGAAAUGUUCAAUUUUCUCGACGGAGACAGCUUCGGCAUAGGUCCCAUGCAUGAGUUCGUUUAUGGCUGGCAAGCAAUUGUAAACACAAUGAGUAUGAAGAACAACGUGGAGGUGCGCAAACGUGCUGGUUUACAACGUUUCGCAUUGGCUGGUAUCAACGGCAUCACGCUGGUCUCCCACAUUGGGGUUACGGAGAUCAUGAUCAACGGGACGAGAUCGUAUUGCUUUGGUGGUGUAUCGAGGCCGCCUGGUAGACGCAGUGUUAUUUGCAAGGGAGCUAUGUACCAAGAAGGGCGCUUCACAUGUAAAGUGCCCUACCUGCGAUACCCUUCGAUAUUCGGAUACAGAUAUUGUAUAGAUAAAUAUGCUGCCGUCAAUUCCGUCGAUGGAACAUAUAAAAAAACAUAUUGCGCGAAAGGAGAAUCUCUUCCUAAGUUCCAUUACGAUUACAUUUGUGAGAGGAGAGACAUCAAAAUUAAGCAAAUAAACCUUACCGACCCUAACGAGAGAUUCAACAUACGAAACCCUGUUGUACGAAGAGCGGAAUAUUACAGAGCGCCUUAUGAUAUUUUGAAAGCUUGCCCAGAUUGGUAUGGAUGCAAUCUUCAAAUAUCCCAAGAUAGAUUACAUCAAGAGCUUCCAACAGCUUUCAUGGCUGCCAAUGAGAGUGCCUACGUUGGCCACGGGGGCAAAUAUUGGCUUGCCCUUUAUUAUACACAGCUUUCCACAUAUGCCAUUUACUUCCAAGCUCAUGGAGAGUACCCGUGGCAGUCUAACAGGCCUAUCAUGUCGAUGGAUAAGGGUGGAAUUUGGGAACAACUGCUCAAAGCUAACAUCGGUCCGGACAUGAAUCUUCACUAUAAUCUCAAUGGCAUUUACAAUAGAUUCCCAGGCUCUGUAUUCCCUGACAUUAUGAGAAACGAUGGUCAGGUUCAGCCAGCCAAUUUCAGGUCAGAAUCCAGAGAGGGUGCCCAAGAGGACAUCCUUAUUGGCAACGCUCACUUGUCAGCUGAAGGAGCAGGUGGCGAUCCAAAUAUCGGUCCAUAUAAAUUAAUCCGUGAUGCGCAAGUUCAACCAACGUUUGAUCACGGAAAGAAUAUUUGAUGUUUGCAUCGUUCUGGGGAGCCAUUACCAACGUGUACGUCGAAAAAGCAUCGUGCAGUUUACUUAAGUAAUAAAGUAGUAUUAUCA